GGCGCCGGGCGGACAGCGAGGGCUGUAUUCCGAAUAGGGCGGGUGCUGUCUGGGGUGCGGGAACGCAGCGAGCCACAGGCGCAAACCCGGCGGUUCGGGGCCCGACAAACCUUCCAGAGAGCGAGCGCGCAUCCGGCGGCGACAUGGCCAAGAACACGGCGAUCGGCAUCGACCUGGGCACCACGUACUCGUGCGUGGGCGUGUUCCAGCACGGCAAGGUGGAGAUCAUCGCCAACGACCAGGGCAACCGCACGACCCCCAGCUACGUGGCGUUCACGGACACGGAGAGGCUGAUCGGGGACGCGGCCAAGAACCAGGUGGCGCUGAACCCGCAGAACACGGUGUUCGAUGCCAAGCGGCUGAUCGGGCGCAAGUUCGGCGACGCGGUGGUGCAGUCGGACAUGAAGCACUGGCCGUUCCGCGUGGUGAGCGAGGGCGACAAGCCCAAGGUGCAGGUGACCUACAAGGGCGAGGAGAAGGCGUUCUAUCCGGAGGAGAUCUCGUCGAUGGUGCUGACGAAGAUGAAGGAGAUCGCCGAGGCAUACCUGGGCCACGCGGUGAGCAACGCGGUGAUCACGGUGCCCGCGUACUUCAACGACUCGCAGCGCCAGGCCACUAAGGACGCGGGCGUGAUCGCGGGUCUGAACGUGCUGCGCAUCAUCAACGAGCCGACGGCGGCCGCCAUCGCCUACGGCCUGGACAGGUCGGGCAAGGGCGAGCGCAACGUGCUCAUCUUCGACCUGGGCGGCGGCACGUUCGACGUGUCCAUCCUGACGAUUGACGAUGGCAUCUUCGAGGUGAAGGCGACGGCGGGCGACACGCACCUGGGCGGCGAGGACUUCGACAACCGGCUGGUGAGCCACUUCGUGGAGGAAUUCAAGAGGAAGCACAAGAAGGACAUCAGCCAGAACAAGCGCGCCGUGAGGCGGCUGCGCACAGCCUGCGAGAGGGCCAAGAGGACCCUGUCGUCGAGCACGCAGGCCAGCCUGGAGAUCGACUCUCUGUUUGAGGGCAUCGACUUCUACACGUCCAUCACGCGCGCACGCUUUGAGGAGCUGUGCUCGGACCUGUUCCGGGGUACCCUGGAGCCCGUGGAGAAGGCGCUGCGCGACGCCAAGCUGGACAAGGCGCAGAUCCACGAUCUGGUUCUGGUGGGCGGCUCCACGCGCAUCCCCAAGGUGCAGAAGCUGCUGCAGGAUUUCUUCAACGGGCGUGAGCUGAACAAGAGUAUCAACCCCGACGAGGCGGUGGCCUACGGGGCGGCGGUGCAGGCGGCCAUCCUGAUGGGGGACAAGUCUGAGAACGUGCAGGACCUGCUGCUGCUGGACGUGGCGCCGCUGUCGCUGGGCCUGGAGACGGCGGGUGGCGUGAUGACGGCCCUCAUCAAGCGCAACUCCACCAUCCCUACGAAGCAGACGCAGAUCUUCACCACGUACUCGGACAACCAGCCCGGCGUGCUGAUCCAGGUGUAUGAGGGCGAGAGGGCCAUGACGCGCGACAACAACCUGCUGGGGCGCUUCGAGCUGAGCGGCAUCCCCCCGGCGCCCAGGGGCGUGCCCCAGAUCGAGGUGACCUUCGACAUCGACGCCAACGGCAUCCUGAACGUCACGGCCACCGACAAGAGCACGGGCAAGGCCAACAAGAUCACCAUCACCAACGACAAGGGCCGCCUGAGCAAGGAGGAGAUCGAGCGCAUGGUGCAGGAGGCCGAGCGCUACAAGGCGGAGGACGAGGUGCAGCGCGAGCGCGUGUCGGCGAAGAACGCGCUCGAAUCCUACGCCUUCAACAUGAAGAGCGCCGUGGAGGAUGAAGGGCUCAAGGGCAAGAUCAGCGAGGCGGACAAGAAGAAGGUGCUGGACAAGUGCCAGGAGGUCAUCUCCUGGCUGGACGCCAACACCCUGGCCGACAAGGAGGAGUUCGAGCACAAGCGCAAGGAGCUGGAGCAGGUGUGUAACCCCAUCAUCAGCGGUCUGUACCAGGGUGCGGGCGGGCCCGGGGCUGGAGGCUUCGGGGCUCAGGCGCCCAAGGGAGGCUCGGGGUCGGGCCCCACCAUCGAGGAGGUGGAUUAGAGAGACGAACUGCCCAACGCCUUCGCUUGAUUGGACUCUGGGACUUUUACUCCCCCUUGCCCUUCCUUUUAAUCUUUUAGUUCUUGUCUUUAUUCUGGAAUUACAACUGUAUGUCUCUCUAUUGUAGGUUUUUUUUAAGACUCGUGUGUGUUCUUUACAUUUUGUUAGCCAACACAAUCUUUUAAAGGCAUUUCAUAUGGUUAUUAACACUAACAGUUGAUCAGUUUUACCUGAGUUUUGAUGGCUGUUCCACCUUGGAUCCUGGUGCUCGGGGAGGUCUCCCGGUCCCAUCACAGGUGUAUUUAGAAGCCUUCCUUCCUUCACCUGGUAGAUAGUUGGAAGUGGAUUUCCUUUGUAUCACUUAAUUUUAGUUUUUUAGUUAUCCUGCCUUCAUUUCUAGUAUAACCAAAAACACUUCUACCUUUAAUAUCAGUUUGUCUUCUGCCUGCAAAAAAGUCAACAUGGUGAACUACAAAGUUGUAAUUUUCUCAUAACUUGAUGCAAAAUAAAAUGUUAAAAGUAA